AACGAGGAAACCGCAACAAGUAAACCUUGAAGCUCCCUAGAACUCUCUUCUUUUUCUCACUCAUCCAGUGUAAUUUUAUUUUCUACACGUUUGUGCUUCUCCUACUUUUAUAUAUAUCCAAACCAAAUCGCUCAUUCUCAACUCAUCUUUUCUUCUAAAUCCUUUUCAAGAACAACUUACACUCGUACAAACCAUCACUUGCCACAAUGGAGAUUACAGUUUUAUCAGCUCAAGGCUUGAAGAACUCUUCUUCUACUCUCUUCUCAAACCGUGUCAGACCCUUCAUCAACAUCACCACUUACUCACCAACCACAACCUCCGGCGGUGAUAAACAGUGCCACGUGUACAAAACAAGAGUUGAUGAUGAAGGAGGAGUAAAUCCGACAUGGGGUGACAGGUUUCAUCUACCUACAGACAACACCUUCUUUACCAACAGAUACUCUUGCAUAUACUUACAAGUAUACACCAAAAGGCUCAUUGCCGGUCAAACUCUACUGGGUUGGUGUCAGGUUCCUGUUAACGAUAUCGGGUUUCCUUCGGUUGGCUCUGUCCGGUACCUCAGUUACAGGCUAAGGGAUAGAGACGGGUCCAGAGGUCAAGGAGUUGUCAACCUCGCUGUAAAGUUGGAAAACAUAGUCCCGGUAGCCGGUGAGAACUUCACCCAGCCGCUAAAUACGGAGGACACGUAUCCAGUAAUUGGUAUACCAAUAACAGUAUGUACACAUGUCAAGGAUAGCGUGAGUUGAAAUCUGGUAGGAGACAUGAAAGUGGGAGAGAAGACAAAUCAGCCACGGCCAUCAUAUGCUUAAGCCAAACCAAAUGGCUCCUGUUGAAUGUCUAGUGUGACAGUUCUCCAAAUUUGUUAACAAUGUAAUGAUGGUGACUCCCAUUUAAUUGUUUUGGUUUUGCCAGUAAUUGUCAACAAAAAGGAGGGAUAAUCUGCAUCGCACAAUUUAAUUGCAACGAAUGAUUCAAAACCAAGGAUAUGCACCCAUGCGAUAAACACUACCUCUAUC